CAUUUUGAAAUUGGAAUGUUUUGACAGUUUAAAUUUUAGUAACAAUUCAAAUUGCAAGUAAAUUGAGAGAAAUCGCUCGAAUAUAGAGUAAAAAUAGCUCUCUUUAUUUUAAUUUUUAUAUACACGAUACCUAUAAUAUGUAGAUAUAAAUUUGAUUACAUCUUCUUGAAUUCUUAGCCUUGUGCUCGUCUUAUAUUAUUGUGUGCAUCACAAUCACAGCCAAAAAAAAGUUACCAUUUUUUAGAAAACAUUAUGGAUGGAAAUAUGUCCCUGGAGGAGAAGUGCGAGCGUCUGAUGAAUGUGGUCGUGGAGACUCGAAAACGGUUCGGUGAAAUGUGCGUAGACUAUCAAAACAAAUCCACACUUAUGGAAAAUAAAAUGCUCAACCUUCAAGUUGAAUCAAUAGCUAAUUGCAAGAUAAAGUCGAAGAUUGAAAUACCGGACUUAUCAUACGAAGAUACAAUUAAGGAUAUGGAUGAUUUCAAACAGGAGAUUUUGGUUAGGGAAAAAAGAAUAGAGGAUCUUUUGAAUAAAAUUAGGAGCACGGAAAAGGUGGUUGUACAAGUGAAAAAUGAUACUAUAAGACAGAAAUUAGAAAAACCAAUAAAUACCAAAGCUAUUUUAGCCACAGUGAAAAAUAAAAAUGAUGUGUGAUAAACAUUUUUAAUGAUGGUGUUAAAAUACUUUAGGUUGAAUCUUUAUGAAUUUAUGUGAACAACAAAUCUGGAAAAAUGAACUCAACUGAAUGUUAGUGUUACAUGUAAUUUAAUUAUAAUAUGUAAUGUAAGUACAAAAUUAUAACCAAACAGCUCACAAUGCAUCGUCAUUUCAAAAGUGC